AUGACAAUCCAGGUUCCAGACAGUGUUGGACUCCUUCAUCACAAAGAAUAUCCUUUCUCUAUUAAUGACGAUAUGGGAAGCAGGAUCAAUGAGCACGAGCAAAGCAUCGGUGACCUAAGAGCUGAGAUUCGUGACGUACAAGGCACUCCUCCUCCUUCCGCCUCCAAAUCUGACGAUGAACCUAAGACACCCGCUGGUUCCAGUUAA